CAUUUUGGGAGCGCUUUAUAGCGCAGGAACCACAGAGAACGGUGAAUCGGCAGGCGUGGCAAUUGGUUGGUCCAUACGCGGUCAACGGUGAAAAACAGCGGGGACGUAGAAUAAAGCCUUCAGACCCGAAACGCGUUGUAGGCUUGUCCACAGUCAAAUCAUUUAUCGAUGAUUUAGUUUUUUUUCCUUCUCAUUCUCUGCGGAUCGCGUAUUUAGUUUGUUUUUUAUUUAAGGCUGUGGGCGUUACGCGCAUCCACAAAGAAGAAGACGCGGAGAAUGCAUUGAGGUGGCGUCCCCUCCCCCAGUGAGCUGUGGAGGAUGAGCACCUCUCCCACCCCUAAGGGCACCCCGGUGCAUCUCAGCCCCAGUGAUGGGGCUCCAGAGGAGAACCCCCUCUCCCCCCAACACUCCACCCCUGGAUCCGGGCCCCUGCAUAAGAAACGAGUCUCCAGCAUCCUCCAGAGCCCAUCCUUCAGAGAGGAGCUGGAUGUGCUGAUCCAGGAGCAGAUGAAGAAAGGAGGCAGCUCCUCCAACCUCUGGGCUCUGAGGCAGAUCGCUGAUUUCAUGGCCUCUCACGGCUCCCCUGCUGCCCUGCCUGUGUCCCCUUCCACCAUGAUGAUGGUGACUCCCAUCAACGACCUGCAUGGCUGGGAGCCCAGCAGCAUGGUGAAGGGGGAGAGGCUGAUGCGCUGCAAGCUGGCCAGCGUCCACCGCCUGCUGGAUCUCUACGGCUGGGCCCAGUUCAGCCACUCCUGCCUCACUCUGCGUGUGAGUAAGGAGCAGGAGCAUUUCCUGGUGCUGCCCGAAGGCCUGGCCUAUGGUGAAGUCACUGCAUCCAGCCUGGUGAAGGUGAACGUGCUGGGGGAGGUGGUGGAGAGGGGCAGCACCUCCCUGGGGGUGGACCUGGGCCGUUUCAGCCUCCACUCCGCCAUCUACUCCACCCGGCCGGACGCCCGCUGCCUGCUGCACCUCCACACCCCCGCGACUGCCGCCGUGUCUGCCAUGAAAUGCGGCCUCCUGCCGCUGUCCCACGAGGCUUUGCUCGUGGGCGACGUGGCCUACUAUGAUUACAACGGCGUGAUGGAGGAAGAGGAGGACAGGGUGGCGCUACAGAAGAGCCUGGGCCCCACCUGCAAGGUGCUGGUGCUGAGGAACCACGGCAUCGUAGCCCUGGGGGAGUCUGUGGAGGAGGCAUUCUACACCAUCUAUCACAUCCAGGCUGCCUGUCAGAUCCAGGUGUCAGCAUUGUGCAGUGCCGGAGGAGCGGAGAACCUCAUCAUGCUGGACCGCACCACCCAGAGGCCCAACCCCACCGGGACCGUGGGCUGGGCCGGCUCCACCUUCGGGCCCCUGACCAAGACUCGCCUCGGGGAACAUGAGUUCGAGGCUCUUAUGAGGACCCUGGACAACCUGGGCUACCGCACCGGCUACGCCUACCGCUUCCCCAUCCUCCUGGAGCGCUCGCGGACACGGAGAGAGGUGGAGGUGCCCGCCACCGUCACCUCCUUCCAGUUCGAGGAGGAGGGGGGUCACCCUAUGCCCCGCCAGCACCCCUUCGCCCAGCGCCACCAGCAGGAGAAGACCCGCUGGCUCAACACGCCCAACUCAUACCUGAGGAUUAGCCCAGACCAGGCCAGCCCUGGGCAUCAGCGCACCAUGUGGCUGAAGGAGGAGAUGACCCAGGCUGGAAGCACCGCCAUCAAAAUAGAGAACCCCAACCAGUUUGUCCCUCUCUUCACCAACCCCCAGGAAGUGCUUGAGACGCGGAACAAGAUCCGACAGCAGAACCGGCAGGACAUGAAGACAGCAGGCCCCCAGUCCCAAGUGCUGGCCAGUGUCAUAACAGUGGACAGCCCACCGUCUCCAGUGGAACCUCCAAAACCUCUGGAGCCUGAGACACCGAACCCCUUUAACCAGCUGACAGACCAGGAGCUGGAGGAGUAUCGCAAGGAGGUGCAGCGAAACCAGGAGGGCCAGAUAGAAGAAGGGGAGGAGGUGGUGAACGACACAGAGACCGUUCCAGCUACCUCCCCUCCAAAGACCCCUCCCCCCUGUGACCCUCCGCCCCCAGACGAGGGAAAGACGGACUCCCCGGUUCCCAACGGCAAAGGGGAGGAGGAGAAAGAGCAGACGGAGGAGCUGGAGAAAGGGAUGAAGGCCCUGUCGACCAAUGACACCUCAGUCCCAGCUUCGACCACGCCCACUGCCCCGGCUGCCAAGCCCCCGGGCAACACCACCCCGGAGGGCUCGCCCUCCAAGUCCCCCUCCAAGAAAAAGAAGAAGUUCAAGGCGCCCUCUUUCCUGAAGAAGAGCAAGAAGCAGAAAGAGAAGGCAGAAACUUGAGGGAUGCAUACAUGGACAAACUAUUGUGACACUUGACACGCUUCUAACCACACGUGCACACAUAAACUCACGUGCACACAUGCCCAUAAGUUCUAAUGGCUCACGAUCAUGUUUUUGUUUUCACCUGCUUCCGUGAUAUCAAACCAUUUCUGAAAGAUUGUGUUUAAAUAUUUCUUGUUUUACACAUAGGAUUAGAAUCUGAUCAGGUGUUUGUCUGUCGUACCUCACUCAUUCUUCCCUCCACUAUCGUUGCAUAAAAUCUUCUUUCAAAACAUCCACAACCUUGCAAGUUGAACUAGAAUCAGCAACAUCCCUCAUUAUUUAUGCACCUAUCUCAUGCAUCAUGCACUUGACACACAUGUAUAUAAUCAUAACUGCUUCACAGCAUCAACAUAAAAAUCAUCGGCUAAUGUUUAUUGGUUUUUGAAUGUCAAAUGAAUGUCACAGAAAUGUAUUGCGAGUGCAGGUGCAGAACAGUACAUGUAGAAAAAUGCUGAUAUGCUAUGAAAUGCUCUUAAUGAACCGAACGCUGGCUCCCCUUCAACUAACUAUAGACAGCAGGGACAAAUAAAUGAUUCAUUUGAAGAAAACUAAAGCUCCCAACAUUCAACAGGCUGCUUUAAAUGUCACUAAUAUCAAGUAAAAAAAGUAUAUUGAGGAAGAAUCCUGUGCUUGUUGAUGCAAUUGAAGCCCCACCCAGAGAAGGCACGAAACAUUCCACUUUUCUCCUUUUUCUUUGAAGUGUGUAAACAAUACCUCUACAGCUGUAAUUAUUUUUAUGAUCAUUAGCUGUUCUUAAAAUGCUGAUGUGUGAUGUCUGUUGGUUUUUAAGUUAUUUUUCAUGUUAGAAUGUAAAGUGAAAGUUGCAAAAACUAUGUACCAGUCAUUAAACAUCAAGUUGAUUUUUGUCCAA